CCGGGACCCAACAUUCGGUACUCUCUCAGUCGCUCCGACUCGGGAACCAAUCGUCCAGAGCACCAGUCAGCGGAGAUAGCAGGCAGUAUUUCACCCUCUCAGGCUAACUCGCUUUCGGCUUUGGUUUGAAAUGGACACCCCUACAACCGCUCGGAGCAGACGAUGCUCAUUCAUGCGCAACUGCAAAAGCGGCCUCUCCCUGUGGCUGGUGGUGUGGCUGGUCCUAGGCAAGCCCGGUCCGUCGGCGGCGUGCCCGCAUCUGUGCGUGUGCUACCCGACUCCCAUGACCGUGAGCUGCCAGGCGCAGAACUUCACCUCCGUGCCCGUGGGCGUGCCCUACGACUCGCAGCGCGUGUUCCUACAGAACAACCGAAUCACGGAGCUCAGAGUCGGCUCUUUCGGCUUCGGGACUCAGGUCCUGUGGCUGUUCUCCAACAACAUCACGUGGAUUGAGGCUGGCUCCUUCAGUGAGCUGAGAGACCUAGAGGAGCUGGACCUGGGGGACAACUCUCACUUGCGCAGGCUGGAAGGAGGGGCCUUCAGGGGCCUGGAGAAACUCCAGAGUCUCCACAUGCACCGCUGCAAGCUUACCGCCCUGCCCCAUGACCUGUUCCACAAGCUCUACAGCCUGCAGUUCCUCUACCUGCAGGAGAACCAGCUCCACUUCCUCCAGGAUGACCUCUUCUCUGACCUCAUCAACCUGAGCCAGCUCUUCCUGCAUGGCAACCGUAUCCGCACUCUGUCCGAGAACGUGUUCCGUGGCCUGGUCAACCUGGACCGCCUUCUUCUCCACGACAACCGUGUGCGCCAGGUUAACCGCCGGGCGUUCCGCGACCUCGGACGCCUCACCAUGCUCUUCCUGUUCAACAACUCAUUGGCUGAGCUCCCCGGGCAGGCACUUCGUGACACCCAGGGCAUCGAGUUCCUCCGUCUCAAUGGGAACCCCUGGUCCUGUGGCUGCGAGGCCCUCCCCCUGUGGGAGUGGUUCCGUGGCGCCCGCGUCUCAUCGUCCGAGCUGUUGUGUGCCUCCCCUUCCCCCCGCCGCGGGAUGGACCUCCGCUUCCUCCGUGAGAUGGACUUCGCCCUCUGCCCUCUCCCCGACCCCGGCACCCUGGCCGGCUCCACCACGAGGACCUUCAGCACCAAGACAAGAUGGUGGUUCUCCAAGCACAAGCCCCAGUCCCAGACCAAGGCAGUGUUCGAGAAGAGCUCCGAGACCAUCAAGGCCUUCCCGUUCCCCCAAGGAAAGAACAACCCACCCAUCGUGACCUCCACCAAUGUCAAGUACGAGCUCGGCGAGGAAGAGGCAGCGCUACCCAAACUCGACGCCGAGGAGUACUGGGCGAACUACGGGAACGAGGACGCCGGCACCACGCUGCGAUGCUUCGAGCUCGAGUGUCCGCCCGACUUCGAUGGCCUCCCUCCCAACUCCUCCUCCACCUCAUCCCCCUCUCUCUCACUCCUCCUCGCCCUCUCGCUACUCGCCGUCUCCAUCAAUCUACACCUCAUAUUUGGCUGAAUCAGACUUUAAGUACCCACCCCUAUUCCUCUCUUCACCCGGCCCCUCUCAGGGCAUGGGGGAACCCCUUGUUAAAGACUCUGUACCUCCCUAGUUAACCCUCUGAUGUCCUACUGGAUAAUGUCUAUCUCUAUCAG